UCUGCGGGUUAGUCCGUAGUUGACGUUCGUUGCGUUUGGACGCUUUACGUGGUAUUCUUUUGCUCGAGUCGAGUCGAGGCUCAUAAGUCGUGAGAGAGCUGGUGAAGAAGAGUUUCGUGUUGAGGUCGGUUGUGCGGUUAAGUUCGGUGGCAGACUAGCUCAGCACUUGGAGCCUACCUACACCUGGAUGGGAACGUGAAGAAGACCUCUCCAGUCGGUCGGUGGUGGUGAGGGACGUGUUGAAAAAAACUCUCGUGUAACUUGAGAGCCCCAGUUUCGAGGCGCGGUGUGUACCUUACCGGUCUCCGGUUGGCCGUUGGUUGUUGUUCGGUGUUGAACGCUCUUUGGGGGUUUUUGUAUUGUUUAGUUUGGUUUUUCGGUUGGUUGCGGGUCAGCAGGCAGCAUAACAAGUGACCAUAGUUCUGGCGGAAGGGACGGCUGGAUAAGCAGAAGUGCCAGACUACUUAGCCGCGACAAAGGCGAGGGCAGCAGGUGGAGUACGUGGUUUUUGUGAAGGAAUUCCAUGAACGAAUCGAACGUGUUGAAGCCUUCCGAAGAAAUGUGCCAUACGCAAUCGAAAAGUAAUGCUCCUAUCGUUAAACGACCGAUCGACGUGAAAUUGAUCCUCAGUGACUGUUACUGAUCCGGAAACGCACUGGAAUUUAUCGAGUGAAGUUUGAACAUGACUGCCACUGCAGUAGUGAAGUCCCCGUGACAGUUCUACAAGGCACAUUGCCAAUGAUAAAUAUCUAGAGGAUUAGUGCUCGGCAUCCGAAUUGAAAACAUCGAACACAGAAUACGACUUUUGGAGGUUGUUUUAGUGCAAAUUGACAGGCGGGAAGCACGAUAUACGAAAAUUCACGCGAUGUUGCCAAUAAGCGUAUUCGUCAAAGUGUUGGCGGUGGCAGCGGCUUUACUGGUGGUCCAUGUUGGACACAUUUCGGCGGCCACCGCUACCAGUGCGGUCUAUGUGGAAAAAUCCGCGUACAAAAAUGUCGUCAUCGAGAUAAGGGAUAACGUACCGGUGGAAAAUUGCCAAACCAUCCUGCACAACGUGGAGAUCAUGCUAACAUCGGCUUCGCAAUACCUUUUCUCAGCGCUGGACGGCCGGGUCUACUUCGGUGACAUAACGGUAAUUCUACCGCCCCAUUGGCCCAACUCUUGCAUUCCGUACAACCAAACGAGAACUUCUGCCAGCGGAGAACGUAGUGACGUAACUAUCAAAACCCACUCGAAAACCGAAUCGCCCAUUUGGACAAAGCAAUACGCAGGCUGCGGAGAACCCGGGGAACAAAUCUUCAUCGAGUCGGACAUUCUCGGCAGGGAUACCAUCGGGCGGGAGUUCGUUCGAGAGUGGGCCAAGUACCGAUACGGAGUUUUUGACGAAAUCGGUUUCACCAAAGAUCCCGUUUAUCCACGGUGCUACAUCAAUGACGAUCACGAACUCAAGCUUACCGGAUGUUCCGACGCUCCCGUUCACGAUCGCGGUCUUUGUGGCAAUCCCUCCUCGUACAACAUUACAGACAUCAUAGAUCGCAACGCCCGCUCCAGUAUCAUGUUCGCUGCAGAAUCCCCCAGCGUAACCAUGUUCUGCGAUGAAGGAACCCACAACCGCUACGCCCCCACCAAACAUAACCAACUCUGCGAUCGCCGUAGCACCUUGGACGUCAUUCUUAAACAUCCAGACUUCAUCAUGGAAAACAAGAUCAAUGUAAACCCAUCGGUAAUCAUUAACACCGCCCCCAAAUUUAGCUACAAAACCCGUAAAUCCACGCGCUACGUUAUCAUUAUCGAUGAAACCCUUGACAUGCAGCUGCGUGAAUCCUGGAGCUUCUUGCGGUCAGCCAUCCGAAAAUGGGUCGUCUACGACCUCCCGGCCAAUACCGAAGUCGGAAUGGUUCUCGCCAACGAUACCGCCACAGAAAAGAUGCUCCAAAUUUCCUCCCUCUACAUCCAGGAAAACAAAGACCUUGUAGCCUCCUUCAUACCGUACUCCCCAAGUGACUCCCGUCAGCCCGCCUGUCUCACCUGCGCAGUUACCGAUGCCAUCGACAUGCUCAACGAGCGCACCCGCAUGAACGGCCCCGCCAAUUCCAUCAUCCUGAUAAUCGCCCCUGGCAUGGAGUACUCCAUCGACCACACCGCUCUGUCAAACUCUGCCCGAUCCUCCCAUAUCCGCAUCGCCACCAUCAACUACCCAAAUGUCAUCCGUCGCCAACCACUUGACGCACUCGCUCUCUCCACCGGUGGAACCGCAUACUCCGUCUUCGAAAGCAAGUACAACCUCGAAAAAAGCUACAUCAGCACCUACUUCGAGCUAUCCAACACUCUGUUCAACAUCGGCAAGCAGUACUACGAAGGCAACCGGAAUGACCUCCCGAUCGAAAUCUACCGCAAGGAGCUUGUCGAUUCGGACGACAACGACGCCGCCUCAGCGCACCAUAUGCUGUCGAAGCGGACCAGCCGCACCGCCACCGGAAGCUUCACGUUAGACUCGUUUAUGGGACCUCCGGCGUACUUUUUCGUGUACGUGCACAACACGGAGAACCCGCUGAUCGCGAGCAUGAAGCUGACCAGUCCGAGCGGCAUCGUUUACUCGUCUAGAAGUGACGCUAGAUCGUUGGUUAAGCAACUGAUGGUGUCCGCUACGCUGAACGAAACCGGAAGCUGGACGUACAAGAUUGAUCGCUUCAAUGGUAACCCUCAGUCUCACUACGUUCAGGUUAUUGCCACGCCACGUUCCAAGUACGCUCCGACUAUCCAGGCCAGAUCGUGGAUCAGACAGCGCAGUGGUAGCCCUCCGGUCAUCUACGCUGAAGUGAAGAAAGGUGAUCUACCGAUCAUUGCGGCGCUGGUUGAAGUUACUGUGACGCGUCCGGAUGGAAUCUGUCCGACCGGUAGUGGAAACGAAUGCCGUCAGAAAAUUAGGUUGUUGGACUCGGGUUCGGGAGAUCCGGAUGUUACUCGAAACGAUGGAAUUUAUUCUCGUUAUUUCAAUGCUGAUGACUUUGGGGGCGCGGGAGCUUAUCAAUUUGAAGUCACCAUUACGGAUAAUGAGAACAUGGCUUAUACUAGGUCGGAGAGCGUGUUGAAGGGGGCUCCUCCUCGAUGUUGUGGAAGUGCUAUUAGAACGACUCUCAUGGCAUCCAUGGUAUCAUUCCAAAGAAAGCUUCAACCGAUGACAGUAUUUUUGUCACAGGAUUUGUUGGACUCAAUCGGUCACCGAACCAUGGGAAAAAUCAGUGAUCUUACGGUAGAUGUCGAAGGAAUGAGGGUACGACUGAAUUGGACCACUCCAGAUAUGGGAGGCCGUGGUAUUGCUCGGUAUGAGAUUAAGUAUGCUACUUCGAUUCGAGAUAUCGUUGACUUUUAUGACACAGCAGCAUUUCUAUGGCAUCACGAUACACCAUUGAUAAAUUCGAUUGGUGAGGAGAGCUCUUUUACUAUGAACCUCUCACAUGAACCGCAUCUGAUUGGUCAGGUUCUGUAUUUCUCUGUGAGGGCGCAUGCUCUAGGAGUCAUGGGAGGCUCAGUUUCAAACUACGUUCGUGUAUUCGUACCCAAACCAAAGCGAGCAACUUCACUAUCGCCAUCAACGUCCAUUGGAACCGAAAGUUAUGGAGAAGUUUGGUCAUCCUACGAUGAGAUCCGUGAGGGUCAUAACCGACGUGUGAACAUUCAUCAGCGUAUUGCCGAUACGAUUAGUCUAGAGGUCGAAGUCCUCCUGGCGAUCAUCGCUGGAACUAUAUUCUUGAUCAUCAUCAUUCUUGUUUGCUGCUACUACUACUUUCUCAAAAAACGCAACAUCACUCAAGAGGAUGAUCAGAAGCGACCGAUCAAGCCCUUUUCAACGGAAACCAAGACAUCACUCGGACACAGCGUCUUUGUAACUCCGGGAAACGUAACUUCCUCAUCAUCUAACGCCACUAGUUCAACGUCCGCAUCUCCAGACUAUGUUCAGCAAACCAACGUAUCCACCAACAUUCCAACCAUCUACAACUCUCGUACGCUCCCAAUCGAGCAAAAGCUCAUCGAUGAACUCAAACAGCAACAGCAGAUGGCCGAGACGCAGUCCUACAUCAUCACUCAAGCCGACAACAUGCAAUACAACACAACACUAACCCGAGGUUUCAAGCCAGCUCCGACGAUCACUGACAACCGAACCCUUAGCCCGUUCGAGUCAUGGUCUGCCUCGCAGCUACUCCAAGAACACGAACAGCAUCAACGCCGAAGAAGUCCCAGCUUGCUGGACAACUAUCUGGACAACGAUGUGCAGCAGUUUUAUGCGAGUCAACACGAUCAGAUGUCUUUGCUGAACACGGGAGGAGUUGGUGGUCACACUAUGGGUCACAACCCCCCGGUGCCUCCACCACCGAUAUACUCCACGGCAAAUCCUCCGUAUUUCUACGAACAGCAUCAACAGCCACCACCGCAGCAGCAGCACCAUCACCUGCAACAACAGCAGCAGCAACAAUACGGGGGUCACGACGGGUCGAUGAACCCCAUGACGACCCCGCUCCACGUCACCAUAACGUAAUGCAACCCCCAGGAGCGGCAGAGUAAAUGUGUACCUAAGAUUACGAUGUUAAACCAGAGCGAUGCUUCUUCGCAGCUGAAGUGUGCGAUCGGUCGGUUUCUCGGGAUGCGGCAAAGUGCGACGGAGCAUGAUGCGUGGUGGCUGUGAACUGUCAAGAUGUGAGACGGAGGGAUGUGAGAUGCUUGUAUAGACCAAUUCAAUAAACUGAAGCGGAAUUUUAAUUGCCAGAAAGACUGAUUUCAUGCUAAGGGCAUUUUUACGGAUUAGUUAUGAGAAUUUUGCAUCGUGCCGGAAUUGAUCUCCAAGAAAGAAACAAAAAACGCGUUUUCGCAAGAAUGCGCGCGCUCGUGGCAUCGAUAGAAUUUUAAUUAUGUUUAGCGCAGUUCGUUUAUAACUUACGAGGAACACAGUGUAAAGAAAAAAUGAUGUAUUGCUCAGCUAGCUAAGCAGAAGUCCAUACAGGGCUUUGGAUUUCGGAAUUGAAUGUGUUGUUGCUAGUCCCACAAUCGAAUCAAAGUGUUAAACUGUAAGUUGCUUUGGCUCGGGUCAAUUUUUGUACACCGGAAAAAAGCGCGCGAGCAUGUUGUAUGUAUAUGUAGAAGGGAGCUAGGACGCAAAAUGGCCAGUUCAGAAUCGUUAUAGAUGAAUAACUAGACACGUAAGAUGAUGAUAUAUUGUACAUAGAAAAAUUGUAAUAAAAAUAAAGAUACAAAUGCUAUGAAUCGUAA